CAAAACAACCACACUGAAUCGGAAUGGAGCGAAGGUCCACCAGAGAAAGCAAAGGCUCCCUAAGCCUACAGAAAAAGAUGGCCGAGACACGGCGCAAGGAAAAACCCGCGCCGGACCUCACCGAUUUCAUGAACGACAUGUUUUUCGGGGCAGCAGACAUGGAACACAGAGCCUACAACCUCACCGGCGGCGGAGGCGCCGCGGUGGACGACGACGACGACGACGAAGGGUUCGACGACAGCACGAGAAGCAACAGCGCAAGGUUGACGCAAGAGUGGUUACAAGAGGCGCGACGAAUCGUCGCUUCCUCUCCCUUACGCUGCGACUCCCCCGGUCGCCGCGUAGGGUCCCCGAGGUUCGCCGCCGCACAACCAGGCUCACCCCAACCCUCCUCCGACCGAAGAGACUCUCUCUCUAGAACUAGGUCUGCCCGAAGAUACAGAGCAGGGGAAGGGAUUAGUGAUGAGAUACUAUCGAAAACAGCGAAACAUACCCGUAACAAGUCCGAGUCUGAUACAUUUGUUAAUCCUUCAUCUGAUGGGGAUGGAUCCCCUGCAGCGGCGGUGCACAACUGGUUCACUAAAAUUCUCAAUCCCAACACGCCAGUCACGCCACCAGCUCCUUCUCCUGAGUCUGAUUCUACUCUUUUAUCUUCUCUCCCGCCACGUCAGCCUCAUCCUCGAAAGUCGCGCUUCCAGACCGACCCGCAGGGGAUCCCACCUCCUAAUUCCAGGCGAACCUUCAAGAGUUCCGCGGCGGAGAAUCCGACGGAGGGUUGCGGCGGCCCUCUGUCGCCGCCCAGGAACCUGGUGGAGUCGGCUCAGCGGAGGACGUUGUUGUCUUCGACGUGCUCGCGGGAGCGGAUUGCGCCGAGGCAUGUGGUUGCGAAGGGAGAGGAAGUGUGCCUGAACGGGUUCCUCAAAGAGCAGAGGGCUUUGUUGCAGAAAAUAUCGAGCGGGGAGCUCCGUGCGAAGGCGCAAUUGGUGCUUUCUGGGCCUUCUAACAGCACGGCGUCGAUGGUGGCUGCCAUUUGCCACGCGUGGCUCUUGGGUUAUAGGCAGAGAGAGAAGGAGGGUGGAAGCGUGGUGGUGCCUGUCAUGAAUGUCAAGCGAGCCUCCAUGUGGAAGCUGAUGCAGGCUGCGUGGCUCUUUCACCAUUCUGGUCUUGAUUCCACUGCAUUGCUUUUCACUGAUGAGGUGGACAUGGAAAGACUUUUGAUGACCGGCCAACUGAGUGUCCUCGUGGUUGGACAAGAUGUCUUCUGCACUACUGGCGAGGUUGGAUCCCAAUGCACAGUUAUUACCGAUAAUUACUGUGAGGAUGCCUAUGAUUUACUUCAAAACCCUGUGCUGAAGAAACUACUGCUUGCUGGUAUUCUGUUAGACACACAGAAUCUAAAAUCAUCUGCGGCAAUAUCGAUGACAAGAGAUGCAGAGGCAGUCCAGUUGUUAUUGGUUGGCUCAGCCCCAAAUUACAGAUAUGCUUUAUUUGAUCAAUUGAUGCAAGACCAGAAAACUGCUUCUUUUGUCGAAGCUUUGAACCAUAACUAUGGGAAAUCUCCUGAUGAAAGUGACCAAAACAUUGAAGGAAAUAAGGAGUAUAAAGUUCGCGAGAGAAAGUCAAGUUCUACAUCUGACCGUGAACCCACCAUGUCUAGUUCAAAAACAAAUUCCUUCGACACAAGAAGUUCUAAAGCUAGCAAGGUUUCACCAAAUCCAGUCAAACUUGUAACGCCACCUUUGCUAUCUCCUACCCCAGCACCAGCACCACAACAGGCAGAAAAGGACGCCUCUCGUGGGAAAAACAAGUUCUUCUUGGCAAGGUGGUUUGGUUUUGGUUCAAAAUGAAUAGAUUUCCUCCAUGUAUGCCAUUGGCAACUUAAUUUUUGCAAAAUUCAAAACAAAAUAAUCAGGUCAGAAGCCCCUAAGAGAUUUUUCCUUUUUAUUUCAUUGAUGUAAGAAAAUCUCUAAUAGUGUACCUAAAGGUGAAGGUUCCUAACUCAUUUUUAAUGGGUUCUAUCAUUUUUUUUAACAAUUUUCUAUUGUAAGUAUUCAAUCAUAAAACAAUUUCAA